AUGUUGAUAGAGGAUGAUGGGGAGGAGGAGACAACUGGAGACGUACUACAGGAGCUGCAAAAAGACCUAUUCUCCUUUGUUCCCAUCCAGCCUCCUGAUAUUAUAGAAGACAAGCAGAACAUAGCAGGCCCAUCCCUUCAUCCAAACUUAAUUAUCUUAGAUGAUGAUGAGGAUGAAUGUAUAGAGGUGGAACAUCCCACUGCUGGCAAGGUCAUAAGUAUGGAUGAGACUUUACAUCAGAGGUGGAGAAGAGAAUUUUUUAGGGCAGGUGGAGGUGGAGAUAGAGGUGAAGACGUAGAAAUGGGUGAAGAUCCAGAUCCCAAGUUCUUUCCCUUUGCCUCAGAGAUGGAUUGGAGGGUAGCCUGCUGGGAAAUUAAAGAUGGUGUCAAGGAGAAGCUUGGCUUGUCAUAUCAUAAUAUAUGUGCAUUACACAAGAUUGUUGACCACAACAUACCAGCCAGGGCUGAAUGGAAAUCAACCAUGAUCUCUUUUCGGGAUACUCCUGAUGACACACACCUAAUCCAGUACCGUGAUGUACUGUCAGCUAUCAGAACUCUCCUGGGAAAUCCAGCCCAUGUUGAAAAUAUAGUCUAUCGUCCCAAAAAGGUUUUUACAGAUGCAAGUAGAGGAUAUACCAUGAGAUGUGGACAGGGAAGUGAUGGAUAUCUGUCCGUCAAUAAAGUUAAGGGAUUUCAGCUUACAGCAAAAGCAAAGUCAUCAAGAGUUCAGCGUCUAUUCCAUGAGUCUAUGAGGGUUAUACUAGAACCUUUGAAGAAGGCUGGCAUUGAAAGGAUGGACAUCACUGGGGGUGAUGGGGCUGUCAGGAGAGUUCAUCCUGUUUUGGCUUGCUACGUUGCAGAUUAUCCAGAACAAUGUCUUGUGACAUGUACAAAGUAUGGCACCUGUCCCAAAUGCAAAAGGCCUGCUUCUGAGCUUUCAGAAUCUACUUCUGGAGAGCCACAUACACAGAACUGGACAGAAGAAGUCAUUCAGAAUGCUAGAGCUAACACAGAUUCCUUCUAUCAAUUUCAAGAGAGAUGCAAGGAUAACAAUGUCUCUGGUGGUGUUUACGAGCCAUUCUGGCUUAACUUCCCUCAUUGCAACAUUCAUUUAUCUGUUUCCCCUGACAUUCUCCAUCAACUAUACCAAGGUGUCUUUAAGCAUAUGGUGAACUGGUGCAAGGACCUUAUGGAUCCCAAGGAGCUUGAUUAG